AUGAGCCUCCUCCAGCCCAGCUCCCUCCUGCUCUGCGUGGUGGCUGCCACUGCCAUCCCCAUCGUGCCCUGGAAGGUGAAGUGUCCCCCCCAGUGCGUGUGCCAGGUCCGGCCGUGGUACACUCCCCGUGCCGUGUACCGCGAGGCAGCCACGGUGGACUGCAAUGACCUCUUCAUCUCCUCCGUGCCCGAGGACCUGCCUGAGGGCACCCAGACCCUCCUCCUGCAGAGCAACAACAUCGCCAGGCUGGAGCAGAACGAGUUGGACUAUCUGCGGAACCUAUCGGAGCUGGAUCUGUCGCAGAACAGCUUCUCCGACGUCUGGGACCUGGGGCUGAGGAGUAUGCCCCAACUGCUCAGCCUGCACCUGGAGGAGAACCAGCUCUCUGAGCUGCCUGAUGGCAGCUUUCCCGGGCUGGGCAACCUGCAGGAGCUCUACCUGAACCACAACCAGCUGCGCAGGAUCUCCCCCCGCGCCUUCGCCGGCCUCGGCAGCCUCCUGCGCCUCCACCUCAACUCCAACCUGCUGAGGACGGUCGACAGCCGCUGGUUCCAGAUGCUGCCCAGCCUGGAGAUCCUCAUGAUUGGAGGCAACAGGGUGGAUGCCAUCCUGGAUAUGAACUUCAGGCCCCUGUCGAACCUGAGGAGUUUGGUCCUGGCGGGGAUGAACCUGAAGGAGAUCUCCGACUAUGCCCUGGAAGGGCUGAGGAGCCUGGAGAGCCUCUCCUUCUACGACAACAAGCUGGCAGAUGUCCCCAAACGGGCCCUGCAGCAGGUCCCCGGCCUCAAGUUCCUGGAUCUGAACAAAAACCCCUUGCAGAGGGUCAAGCAAAGCGACUUCACCAACAUGCUGCACCUCAAAGAGCUGGGGCUCAACAACAUGGAGGAACUGGUGUCCAUCGACCAGUUCGCCUUGAUCAACCUCCCCGAGCUGACCAAGCUAGACGUGACCAACAACCCCAAACUGUCCUUCAUCCACCCCAACGCCUUCCACCACCUGCCCCAGCUGGAGACCCUCAUGCUCAACAACAACGCCCUAAGUGCCUUGCAUAAGCAGACGGUGGAGUCGCUGCCCAACCUGCAGGAGAUCAGUAUCCACAGCAACCCCAUCCGCUGCGACUGCGUCAUCCGCUGGGUCAACAGCACCGACACUCACAUCCGCCUGAUGGAGCCGCAGUCCACGCUGUGUGCCGAGCCCCCCGACCUCAAGAGGAGGCACAUUCGGGACGUUCCCUUCAGGGAGAUGACAGACCAGUGCCUGCCCCUCAUCUCCAGCAAGAGCUUCCCCUCCCGGCUGGAGGUAGAGGAUGGGGACGACGUGUCCUUGCACUGCCGAGCGCUGGCAGAGCCCGACCCGGAGAUCUACUGGGUGAGCCCGUCGGGGGUGAAGCUGAUGCCCUACGUGGACGGAGGGAGGUUCAAGGUGCACUCGGAAGGGACUCUGGAGAUCCGUGGGAUCUCGGUGCAGGACGCUGGGCUCUACACCUGUGUGGCUCACAACCUCCUCGGGGCAGACACCAAGAGCAUCCGCGUGAUGGUCAACCACUCCUUCCCGCUCAGCGAGGACAGCCUGGAGCUGGUGGUGGUGGAUGUCCAGGCCUACCAUAUCCUGGUUGCUUGGAAGCCACACCUCAACACCAUCUCCUCCAACCUCACCUGGUCCAGUUUCUUGCUUAGCUCCAACGUGGACACGAGCAACGCGGCUCGGAUCCCCAUGGGGACCCACACCUACAACAUCACGCGGCUCCACCAGGACACGGAGUACUGGGCUUGUCUCCACGUGGCCUUUGUAGACUCACAGGCCAAGGUGGCUUGUGUCAAUGCCAGGACUAAGGAGGCUGCUCACAGCUAUUGGCUCCUGGGGGGCAAACAGACCCUCCUGACCGCGCUGGUCCUUUGCCUGCUGCUCCUCAGCGCUGGCCUCGUGGCUCGUUGUGGCCUCGGGGCAGAGCCCAGGAGGGCUGGGGAGCUCCUUGGGGGGGCUAUGGCUGUGAGGGUGGUCUAU